GUGUUUCUGAAUUAUUGUUCUGAAUUCACCUCUUUGAAAUUAAAAUUGGAAAAUUCUUAGUUUCCAUUUUAAAAACAUGAAUUUCGAUGCAUAUUUUUCAAUGGUCAAAAAUUCAGAUACAAAAAUACAACUUGUAGAAUUUCAGAUAAAAUAGAUUCAAGUUGAUCAAAUUCGAUGUCAUUCGCUGAAAUUCAGAUUGAAAAAUUGAAGUUAAAUGUUCACACAGUAACAUCUGGUCUAGGAGAAGCAGUUGAGCCUGCAUACAAUCGAACCGACGUCCGGCCUAUCAGAGGACGGCCUGUCUGUCACGUGACCCAAGGUCUCGGUCGGCAAGGAUACUGAAGCUGUAAACCGCCGUUACCAUGACAGCCAGGGCAAACGACGGUGCUCCGGGAACGGAGGCGAACACGAUGUCAGGCAGUCAGCCACCAAGGCCUUCUCUUCAGAUAGAAAUGACAAGGUCAGUUCCAGGUCACUAAGGGAAAAGGGAAGAGGCGUUGUCCUGCAGGGACAGAGACACGCCUGAAAGACAGUCUCUCAACACAAGAUGAAACACCAGCAGGGGGCGGGACAGUGCAUGCAUAGUUGGAACCCAUCAUCAGCUUGUGUUUCUCUAGGGAACAUUUAAACUGGUGCACAUUUGUGAAAGCAGAUGGUGAAAGGUUUGGAGCAAAUCAUUUCUCUGAGAUUCCUUCGUUAACGAGGAGACGAGCCUUCAGACACGUUCAGAUCAUCAUCUGAGAAACUGGAGACGCAGCCGGUAGGGAGAUGGACGUUGUUGGUGGGAAGCUGCUGCCAGCUGUUAAGUCCUCCAUCAUCCUGGUCUCACACAGUCCUCCAUCAACCUGGUCUCACACAGUCCUGGAUCAACCUGGUCUCACACAGUCCUGGAUCAACCUGGUCUCACACAGUCCUGGAUCAACCUGGUCUCACACAGUCCUGGAUCAACCUGGUCUCACACAGUCCUGGAUCAACCUGGUCUCACACAGUCCUGGAUCAACCUGGUCUCACACAGUCCUCCAUCAACCUGGUCUCACACAGUCCUGGAUCAACCUGGUCUCACACAGUCCUCCAUCAACCUGGUCUCACACAGUCCUGGAUCAACCUGGUCUCACACAGUCCUGGAUCAUCCUGGUCUCACACAGUCCCCAUCAACCUGGUCUCACACAGUCCUGGAUCAACCUGGUCUCACACAGUCCUGGAUCAACCUGGUCUCACACAGUCCUGGAUCAACCUGGUCUCACACAGUCCUGGAUCAACCUGGUCUCACACAGUCCUGGAUCAACCUGGUCUCACACAGUCCUGGAUCAACCUGGUCUCACGCAGUCCUGGAUCAACCUGGUCUCACGCAGUCCUGGAUCAACCUGGUCUCACACAGUCCUGGAUCAUCCUGGUCUCACACAGUCCUGGAUCAACCUGGUCUCACACAGUCCUGGAUCAACCUGGUCUCACACAGUCCUGGGACAUGAUCACGGCCCCUUCACUCUGAAUCUGUGGCAGUUUCACAGAGUCACCAAAAGUCUGUGAUGGGCCCACGGAAGAAUUCUUUAAAAUUAACAUGGCUUCUAAAGUUAAGGAGAAGGUUGUGGGUGGGGGGGCGGUGUUGGAAUUAAAAAUGUUAUAUGUGCUUAAACAUUGUGUGAUUUCAUUAAACAUUCAAGCUAAAAGGUAAAAGCAUUAUUUAAACAUAACGAAACAUGUUAUUAAGUUUGUUGUUAUCAGUGGGACAACAACGGGUUGGGUUCAGGAAUCGUGACAUGCGGGACACGAUCCCCGGUCUCCUGGGUGACAGUCCUGUGUUGUUUGACCCCCCCCCCCCCCCCCCAACCAACCCCCCGAUUCAGAUGUUCAGACUUUCAUACUACUGGCUACCGUUGUGGCCCAUAACACUCCGUCAUCUUCUCCUCUCCUUUCCUUGGGCGGUGUUUUCCGUGGGGCCACCACCACGUAAUGCGUGGGAACAGGUCUGGGAGACCAGGCUGGAUUGGGUUGGAACUUGAGACAAAUUGUCUGAUUUGAUAACGCUGUUUGAGAAACAAUGAUUGAUGGUAAUCUAAUGGACGAUUGAUUCAUAUCGUAUUGGAAAUGUAUAGUUCUCAGUUAAUAUAUUAAUACCAUAUUGUUGGUG